CGACGUCAUUGCACGCUAGACUGCAAGAGGGAUGGCGGGCAUCUGGAUUAUCGCGCAUUGAUUGGCGAUGUCGGCGGAGCUUCUUCACAUUAUUCCAGUUCCAGUUGCACGUUGCAGAACAAAAGCUCCUUUGCAUCUUUUGGUCUCCUUGCUCGGAUCGUGGCUUUCAACUGCAGUUUCACCUGGGAUUCAUCGGCGUAGAAGCUGUUCAAGACUGUCGCGAUGUCUCUGUCACGGACAACCCGCAGCGCUCAGUCGUUGUUUCGUGCUGCCCAGCGAGGAGCGAGCCGACACCCGUCCGCAUCGUCUUCUCUCGCCAGAACCUAUGCCACCACCGUCGAAUCCGAUAUUUUCAAGCCGACAAAAUAUGGAGGAAAAUACACUGUGACGUUGAUCCCAGGUGACGGUAUCGGUGCCGAGGUUGCCGAAGCCGUGAAGACGAUUUUCAAGGCCGACAACGUGCCCAUUGAGUGGGAGCAGGUGGAUGUUUCGGGUGUCGACACCGGCAACAAGCACUCGGAAGAGCUUUUCAAAGAGUCAAUCGCCUCUUUGAGGAGAAACAAGAUCGGCCUCAAGGGUAUCUUGCACACACCCAUCGAACGAUCCGGCCACCAAUCCUUUAACGUCGCUCUGCGACAAGAACUCGACAUCUACGCCUCUGUGGUUUUGAUCAAGAACAUCCCGGGCCUCGUCACCCGUCACAAGAACGUCGACCUCUGCAUUGUGCGUGAGAACACUGAGGGCGAAUACUCUGGUCUCGAACACCAGUCCGUGUCCGGCGUGGUCGAAUCUUUGAAAAUCAUCACCCGGGCCAAAUCGGAACGCAUCGCCAAAUUUGCUUUCAGCUUCGCGCUCGCAAACAACCGCAAGAAGGUUACCUGCAUCCACAAGGCCAACAUCAUGAAGCUCGCCGACGGUCUAUUCAGAAACACGGUUAAGAGAGUCGGAGAGGACUAUCCCACGCUCGAGGUCAACGACAUGAUCGUCGACAAUGCUUCCAUGCAAGCCGUGUCCCGUCCCCAGCAGUUCGAUGUUAUGGUCAUGCCCAACCUUUACGGCGGUAUUCUGACAAACAUCGCCGCUGCUCUGGUUGGAGGCCCCGGUGUCGUCCCUGGCUGCAACAUGGGCCGUGAGGUUGCUGUCUUUGAGCCCGGCUGCCGACACGUCGGCCUCGACAUCAAGGGCAAGGACCAAGCCAACCCUACCGCCCUUCUUCUUUCCGGUACCAUGCUGCUAAGACAUCUUGGUCUUGAUGACCACGCCAACCGCAUCUCCAAGGCGGUGUAUGAUGUGAUCGCUGAUGGAAAGGUUCGCACUCGCGAUAUGGGCGGCAACAACACUACGCAUGAGUACACCCGAACCAUUCUGGAUAAGAUGGAGCAGGGUCUGUAAAUGACGAUAUUCCUCGGCAAUCCAUGCUUGUGGAUAUGGAUGGGAUUGUCCUUGUGGUGAGGAGAGUCGUCCUCGUACUCGAUUUUCUGCAGUUUGAUAGGCCUGCAUUUGCUGUUAGAAAUGAUUAACUGUAUAUACACAUUCCACAUGUACUGUUGCACCAGCGUGUGCCGUAGUUUUCGCCACGACUCGUAUAAUGCGCAGUGAGAUAUGUCGUUUACUGAAGAUCACGGACUGGUUGUAGUAGGCAGUGAUAUCACAUGCAGGACUCGGAGCGGGCGGAAAACUCGCUUGUUUCUGACGAGGCGGGCGGAAGAAACCAUGUGCAGUGGCAGCAGCCUAUAAUAUUCGACUCUAACACAC